GCUGCCGAGAUACUGAUCGAUCUCGACGAACGAUUCUGAUCGCAAUCGAAAGUCUACAGAUGGCGGAGCACGGCGGCGGAGGCGGAUGUUGUCCGCCGAUGGAUCUGUUCCGUUCAGAGCCGAUGCACUUAAUACAAGUCAUCAUUCCAAUCGAGUCUGCUCGCUUGACCGUCUCUUAUCUUGGAGAUAUCGGCCUCAUUCAAUUCAAAGACCUGAACGUAGAGAAAAGCCCUUUUCAGAGAACAUAUGCAGGCCAGAUUAAAAGAUGCGCAGAAUUGGCACGGAAGCUGCGUUUCUUCAAAGAUCAAAUGUCAAAGGCAGAUAUCAUUCCCUCUGGGAAACUCGAUACCAAAGCUGGCCUUAAUCUGGAUGAUCUUGAGGUGAAUCUUGGAGAUCUUGAAGCCGAGCUUGUUGAAAUCAAUGCAAAUAGUGAAAAGUUGCAGCGUGGCUAUAAUGAGCUUGUAGAAUAUAAGCUUGUUCUGCAAAAGGCUGGAGAGUUUUUCAAAGUGGCUCAAAGCAGUGCUUCAGAACAUCAGGGAGAAGGUUCAUCACAUCAGGGUGCUGAAGAAUCUUUGGAAACUCCUCUAUUGACUGAUCAGGAGUCAACAGUUGACCAAGGAAAGCAAGUCAAACUAGGGUAUAUCACUGGGCUUGUGGCUAAAGAAAAAGCCAUGGCUUUUGAAAGAAUUCUGUUUCGUGCUACAAGGGGUAAUGUCUUUUUAAGGCAAUCUUCUGUUGAUGAAGCUGUUACUGAUCCUAGUUCAGGAGAAAAGGUUCAAAAAAGCGUUUUUGUGGUUUUCUUUUCUGGCGAAAGAGCCAAGAGCAAGAUUCUUAAGAUAUGUGAAGCUUUUGGAGCAAAUCGUUACCCUUUUCCAGAAGAUUUGAGCAAACAAGCACAAAUGAUAACUGAGGUAUCCGGAAGGCUAUCUGAACUAAAGACAACAAUAGAUACUGGACUUGUGCAUCGUACUAAUUUGUUGGAAACCAUUGCAAAACAAUAUGAACAAUGGAAUGACCUGGUUCGAAAGGAGAAAUCUAUUUAUCACACGCUAAAUAUGCUUAGUUUUGAUGUAACAAAGAAGUGUCUUGUUGCUGAAGGAUGGAGUCCCAUAUUUGCAACCCAACAGAUUCAAGAAGCACUCCAGCAGGCUACAAUUGAUGCUAAGUCACAAGUGGGUGCGAUUUUCCAAGUUUUGCAUACGAAAGAAAUGCCCCCAACUUAUUUCAGGACAAAUAAAUUUACCGAGUCUUUUCAAACAAUUGUUGAUGCAUAUGGUGUUGCAAGGUAUCAAGAAGCAAACCCUGGAGUAUACACUGUUGUCACGUUUCCAUUUCUUUUUGCUGUGAUGUUUGGUGAUUGGGGGCAUGGCAUAUGCAUCCUGAUUGCAGCUUUAUUUUUAAUAUUCAAGGAAAAGAAAUACUCGAGUCAGAAACUUGGAGACAUAAUGGAAAUGACUUUUGGGGGUCGAUAUGUUAUAUUCUUGAUGGCUUUGUUUUCAAUCUACACGGGUUUGAUAUAUAAUGAGUUUUUCUCGGUUCCUUUUGAGUUAUUUAGUCCAUCAGCCUAUGCCUGUCGUGAUGAUGCCUGCAGUGAAGCUACGACUAUAGGUUUAAUAAAGGUGGGUGACACAUACCCAUUUGGUGUGGACCCCGUAUGGCAUGGAAGUCGAAGUGAAUUACCAUUUCUCAAUUCUUUAAAGAUGAAAAUGUCAAUUCUUCUUGGUGUUGCACAAAUGAACCUUGGAAUAGUAUUGAGCUUUUUCAAUGCUAUCUACUUCAAGAACAGUGUCAAUGUCUGGUUCCAAUUUAUACCCCAGAUGAUAUUUUUAAACGGUCUAUUUGGCUACCUUUCAUUCCUUAUUAUUUUGAAGUGGAUCACUGGUUCAAAAGCUGAUUUAUAUCAUGUAAUGAUAUAUAUGUUCCUUAGCCCCACUGAUGACCUUGCUGAAAAUCAGCUUUUCCCAAAUCAGAAAACCGUUCAGCUUGUGUUACUACUUCUAUCCUUAAUUGCUGUCCCAUGGAUGCUGCUUCCCAAGCCUUUCAUUUUAAAGGCACAGCAUAACAGGACACACCAAGGUGAUUCCUACGUGGCACUUGAAGGGACCGAUGAGUCACUGGUGGAGGGAGGUCAUCAUGGCUCCCAUGAUCAUGAAGAGGAAUUUGAGUUCAGUGAGGUGUUUGUUCAUCAACUUAUUCAUACAAUUGAGUUUGUACUUGGAGCUGUCUCAAAUACUGCUUCCUAUCUUCGUUUAUGGGCACUCAGCUUGGCGCAUUCGGAAUUAUCCACUGUGUUCUACGAGAAGGUUCUUCUUCUUGCUUGGGGGUACAAUAAUGUGAUUAUUCUUGGUGUGGGGAUAAUUGUAUUUGUGUUUGCAACUGUGGGGGUGUUGUUGGUGAUGGAAACACUUAGUGCCUUUCUACACGCGUUAAGGCUUCACUGGGUGGAGUUUCAAAACAAGUUUUAUGAAGGAGAUGGCUACAAAUUUGCUCCAUUUUCAUUCGCGUUACUGGUCAACGAAGACGAAUGAUCAUCUGCCACCUGUCCAUAUUUGCAUUUGUAAUUUUCCUAUCUUGGACGAUAUAUGUGUAAAAAACAAUGAGAAGUGAGACCUUUCCACCAUUUUUUUUUUCACCAAUAAGAAGAGCAUUCUAGUGGCUUAAUGUGAAGUGUCAUAAGUUAUAACACUUUGUAUUUGAUGACAUUUUGGUAAUGAGAAUUUGUUUAUUUA